CUACCCACCCUCUCGUUACCCGCAAACUGAAACAGACAUCCAGUUUCAACUUAAUCAUAAAAAGUCAUAUUGUAGGAGGAGGGACUCCGCGGACACACAAAAACACUUUUACUUAUUUUGUUCAUAAUAGAGCGAUAUUAUUCGCUGAGGUGCGUUGCAUUUUCUUCACAGACUGGUAGCGGAUCCGUUAAUGAAAAUAACGUCGACUAUAAACUUUUGGAAAGUUUUAUAUUAUUAUUAUGUUUUUUAAAUAAAAAAAAACAAGUCGCUCGCAAUUCUAACACCAAUCGAGACGAUGAGCCGGGGGACUGAAUUGGAGUAAAGGAUUCUGUUUUCUUAUAAAAGUUAUACAGAAUAAAAAUAUAUAGUUUGAUGAAGGCAUGUUGGAAUAGACAGCGCGUGAGGAGUGAAAUAGUUCUUCAAACCAGACUACAAUGGUUCAUAAAUACGACACGCAGAGGGCAGUGGAUUUGCUGGGUCACUACCAGUCCAGCCUGACCAGCCCAGAGGAGCAGACCUUGAAAGCAAACGUGGCCAAAGUGGCCAGCAUCUUUGGGAGCCAGCUGUUCCGUGCCUUGCUGGACAUCCAGGAAUGCUAUGAGGUCACACUGAGGCUGAACAGCCGUGCGGAGGACCAGGAGCCUGAAACUGGGGAGCGGACGGGAGAAUCGGGAGGGGGAGAUGAAAGAUGGGAGAGAAUGGCCCCAGUUUGCCAGGAGCCUGGAUUGGAGGGUGGUGAAGAGCCAGCUCGAGUUUGGGUGACCGCAAGGAGGAGCUCACAGAAAGUGGAGCGGGUGUGCGGCCUGGUGGCCCACUCUCGCGUGGAGAUUCCCAAGGCUAACCCUCCUCCCAUCAUUGUAAAUGCAGACUCCCUGGACCCAGGUCCUUAUGUAAAUGGUAGCGAUGGAAUGUACAAAUAUGAAGAGAUUAUUUUGGAAAGGGGUAACUCCGGUCUGGGAUUCAGUAUUGCUGGGGGAAUCGACAAUCCACACAUUCCAGAUGACCCAGGGAUUUUCAUCACUAAAAUAAUCCCGGGAGGGGCUGCAGCAAUGGACGGCAGGCUGGGGGUGAAUGACUGUGUGUUGCGAGUCAAUGAAGUCGAUGUGUCGGAGGUGGUGCACAGCCGGGCAGUGGAGGCGCUGAAGGAGGCGGGGCCAGUAGUGAGGCUGCUGGUGAGACGAAGACAAGCUCCACCCGAAACCAUCAUGGAGAUCAACCUCCUCAAGGGACCGAAAGGACUGGGUUUCAGCAUCGCGGGGGGGAUCGGGAAUCAACACAUCCCCGGAGACAACAGUAUCUACAUCACCAAGAUCAUCGAAGCAGGAGCUGCGCAGAAGGAUGGCAGGCUGCACACUGGGGACCGCCUGCUCGCUGUGAAUAACAUCAAUCUGCAGGACGUGCGUCACGAAGAGGCUGUGGCAGCCCUGAAGAACACCUCUGACAUGGUCUACCUGAAGGUGGCCAAGCCGGGCCCUGUACACAUGAACGACAUGUACGCCCCCCCAGACUACACCAGCACAUUCCCCGCUAUGGUUGAUAACCACGUCAGCCACAACUCCAACAUGAGCUACCUGGGCGGAGUCGAGAGCAAGCCCACCUACCAGCCUUCUCAGGUCACGCCCUCCAGGUACUCCCCUGUCCCUCGUCACAUGAUCGGGGAGGACGACUUCACCAGGGAGCCGCGGAAGAUCCUGCUUCACAAGGGCUCGACGGGACUGGGGUUCAACAUUGUGGGGGGUGAGGAUGGGGAGGGGAUCUUCGUCUCCUUCAUCCUGGCGGGGGGGCCGGCAGACCUCAGUGGGGAGCUGCGGAGGGGAGACCGCAUCCUAUCGGUAAACGGGGUCAAUCUGCGGAACGCCACACACGAGCAGGCGGCCGCCGCAUUGAAGAGGGCGGGGCAGACAGUCACCAUCAUCGCCCAAUACCGGCCAGAAGGUAGGAACCCAGAAUACAGCCGCUUUGAGUCCAAGAUCCACGACCUGCGGGAGCAGAUGAUGAACAGCAGCAUGAGCUCUGGGUCAGGGUCCCUUCGCACCAGCGAGAAGCGAUCCCUCUACGUCAGGGCUCUGUUUGAUUACGACCGGACUCGGGACAGUUGCCUCCCCAGCCAGGGUCUCAGCUUUUUGUACGGAGACAUCCUGCAUGUCAUCAAUGCCUCCGAUGAUGAGUGGUGGCAAGCACGGCUCGUUACUCCACAUGGCGAGAGCGAGCAGAUCGGGGUCAUCCCCAGCAAAAAGAGAGUUGAGAAGAAAGAAAGAGCGAGGUUAAAAACUGUGAAGUUCCACGCCCGGACCGGCAUGAUUGAGUCAAACAGGCAGUCAGUCAAAGCAAAGCGCAAAAAGAGCUUCAACCUCUCGCGCAAGUUCCCAUUUUACAAGAGCAAGGAGAAUAUUGGGCAGGAAAAGGUGGACAUGGAACAAUGUGUGACAUCCAACACAAGCGACAGUGAAAGCAGCUCCAAGGGUCAAGAAGACACCAUUCUCUCUUACGAACCUGUUAUGCGACAGGAAAUUCACUACACCAGACCUGUGAUAAUCCUGGGCCCAAUGAAGGACAGAAUAAAUGAUGAUCUGAUUUCAGAGUAUCCCCACAAGUUUGGAUCUUGUGUACCACACACUACCCGGCCCCAGCGUGAGACCGAGCUGGACGGCCAGGACUAUCACUUUGUUGUCUCCAGAGAGCAGAUGGAGAAGGACAUUCAGGAUAAUAAAUUUAUUGAGGCAGGCCAGUUUAAUGAGAACCUGUAUGGGACCAGCAUCCAGUCUGUGAGGGCUGUUGCAGAGAGGGGAAAACACUGUAUCCUGGAUGUGUCUGGGAAUGCCAUAAAGAGGCUGCAACAAGCACAACUUUUUUCAAUUGCCAUUUUCAUCAAGCCAAAAUCCAUCGAAGCCCUUAUGGAAAUGAAUAAAAGACAGACGUAUGAACAAGCCAAUAAAGUCUUCGACAAGGCAGUGAAGCUGGAGCAAGAGUUUGGGGAGUAUUUUACAGCCAUUGUACAGGGUGACUCGCUAGAAGAAAUCUACAACAAAAUAAAACUGAUAAUUGAGGAACAAUCUGGUCCCUACAUCUGGAUCCCUUCCUCUGAAAAGCUCUGAGCGUCCCUCCAACCCCCUGCCUUGGAGCGGGGCUUCCCCACCCUGAUCAAGUCUGAUCCCUCCCCUUUUUACAGAUAUGUUGCAUAUCGAGUUUUAUUGUCAUCAUUCUGUUACUCUUUAAAAACAAGUCUUUAUCACCAUUACCGUGACUGUGCGCAUCCCUGCAUGAGUUUUUCUGCAAUUCCAUCGAAGACUGGAAAAUGUCAUUCUAAAUGAAUUUUAGAUCUAUUUUAAAAAAAGAAAAAGGAAAAUAAAUCAAUUCUGGUCUACAGAGGGACAGAAAGGAUCAGCAGAAUGUCCUAAAGCAUUUGAAAAAUGGGAUGUUGAAAAGUUUGCCAAGGGGAAUCGUACAAGUUGAAACGAUUUGUAAAUGUUUAUAAACUUGCAUUACGGACUUGGAGGGUGAGCAGACAGAAAGAGACCAAUGAGGUUUUUCUAUAAGGACUAGUUAUAAAUAGAACCCCCUCCUGGUACUCUUCUAUUCAAGGGAUCUUUUCCAAUGUUUCUAAUUCAAAUCAGUGAUGAAAAGUACAAACUUUGGCUCACAAUUAUCACAACCAGCUUGCUAUGUGAUUGGCUGCCAGCAGUUUGUGAAGCAGCCAUUCAAGAUUUCUCAUCUCCGGAGGUGGGAAGAAAGGAAUUGUGGGAUGCAAAUCUAUACAUUUAUAUAUUGAACAGGAAGAUAAAGAUUAAAAUCCAAUGGAAAGAUAAUUUUACUACAUAUUAAAAAUAUGCAUUGUUUUACACAUCAUGAGAAUUGUCUGCAUGGAGGGCUUUCUGAUUUUUAUUAGGACUCAUUUUUAAAGCUACUCUGAAUAAGGGAGGAGUGACCUGGGGUCCCUACAAAAUCCCAAGCUGCCUUACAACUAAAAUAUGUGAAAUUACCACUGUAUUUUCAGUUUGAACAACUAUUUAAAUGGCCCUUGAAGAUUAGUUGAUUCUCCCUACAGGCAAAGGCUUUGUUGUUGAACCAGUGGGUUAGAAUCUUAUCUACAUAAUUGAGUUUGUUUUCAGGGGUAUCCUAAUUAGGAUAUGUCUUACAAAGACGAUGAAAUGACAAAUACGCAAGGUCACUCAAAGGUCACUCAAACUCAAAUUGCAAGUCAAAAUCUCCAUGCAUCAGUCCCCUGCUUCAGUGCUACCGUUUGUCUGCAGUAUUAUAAUUUUUUUAGAUGCAGAUCCUUACAGGGCUCACUCCUACCCUUUUCAGACAAGAUGGUUUUGUGGUACAUUCCUCUCGGCUGCUUUUUCUUUACUGUUGUGUUUUUUUUUUUUUUUUUUUUUAUUAUUAUUAUUGCAACAGCAGCCUGAAAACGGGUAGAAAAAAAGACGAAUGGUAAUUCAUUUUCAGUAAUCUUAGACAACAAAAACCAUCAUGUUUGUGCGACAGACGCGUUUUUAUUUAAGGAUGGAUAGGCCAGCUCAGAACUGAUACACUUGGUGGUCAGGGUGGGGAGGAGGGGUGUCACAGUAACAGCCUGGUGUAUAACUGUGAAAGGGAGUGAAAAAACAAGCUUAUUUGAGAGGGAUUUUCUUGAUCAACCGAAAAUAUGUAUUUAGUACUGCCUUUACCAACUUAUUUUGCAUACAUAUCGGUGUAAAUCAUAAAUGCUGUAAAUCAGUAGAUAACAAGGAAGUGCUGUAUUAUUGACAUACCAACACAGUAAAGCACCAACAGUUACUUGUGACAUCUCUGCUGAAUUUAGUGCUGGACAGUGUACCUCUUUAUAACUUGAGGUUUCCAGUUUGCUGAAUGCCUCACCCUUGCUUUGUUGGAACAGCAUUAUUAUUAAAUAAAGCGAACUUCCACUUUCUUUUGAAGGAGUGGAUAUUUCACUGUGUGAGCAUGCAGGGUAUUUACAGGGCCAAGAUACACACUGUAAUCUGCAGGCAAUUUCUGAACAGACUUGCUAAUCUGUCAGGCACCUCUGUAAAACUAGCUGUGACUAAUGUUAACAAAGUUCAGGGACUAUAGAGAGGGAAAAGAGCCAUUCUAAAUUGCUUAUAGACUGUUCCGAAAGGUUAUUCUAGCUGUAACAUUCACCUUAUGUAAAGACUCCCCACUCUUGUUCUUGCGUUUCCAAGAGUGAGAAUCAAUGGAGGGAAACAAAUUUCAGGUAAGUAAACAUUUCUGUUAGAAGAUCUGACAAUACAGACACUACUACUCCCCUGUAAACAAAAGCUCCCAACCUCCCAUCCCACAGCUGGCCUGUCUGUCAGUUAUUUAGUUAUUUUUGGAUUCAGGAGUAACAGUUAAGGCUGCUACCCACCAGACGUGAUGUAUUAAGCAGAACUGUACAGAGAUGUGUCAAAAUGAGUAGAAACUAUACUUUUUGAUAAGUAUUUUUCACACCACAGGUGAUGCAAGAGACACACAAAAUAAAUUGAAUCCUAAAUUUUGCGAUUUGACGAGCGUCAACUAGGGCAUUAAGCAAUCAGAACAGCUUCAAUGUACGUGGCCCAGCACGGUGAAGCAGUAUCCAAAAUGACAAUAAUAAGACAAUAAUACUUUUCGUUGAAAAAGUACCCAGAGCUUUAUGACAAAGGAACUGGAUAAGCCUGGUGUGUGUGAUUUAUUGCCAUGUAUGUUGAAAUACCAUCAGAGAAGACACUCAUAAUUUCCAUGUCAUGUUGACAAAUAUGUACCAGUCUUGAUCAUAGUUUUGUCAAUAACAAUUUUGAACCGCUGUAUAGAUCUGGCAGUUUUCAAACCUGUCACAUCGCCUCUGUCGCUUCUGGUGUGUGGUCAUGUCGCUGUGAAAGUGUCUCGUCGCCAAUUAAAAAAUCGCAUCGCGUCUGGUGUGUGGAGACCAACAGUAGAUGGCAUAUGUCGGGUACAAAGUUAUAACUACCAAUUGAGUCAUUCAUUUUUUAUAUAUAUAUAUAUAUAUAUAUAUAUAUAUAUAUAUAUAUAAAAUAUAUAGAGAGAAGCCAAUUUUUUGACCUGGAAGAAUACUGACCUACAGUACUGAGUCUGAACACUGCAGACUGUUAAUGUGUGUCUGUUAUUUAUCAUAAAGUCGACCUAUGAAUAAAUAGCCCAAAGAAUACUUAUUUGAGAUUACUGUGCUCUAAGACUUAAUCUGUCUACUGCCUUUGUGUUCUUUUUGUGAGGGUGCCAGUCUUUGGGCCAGAAGGACUUUCUAAGAAAUAAACUGUAUUUUUGUCUUUAA